GCAGAACAGCACAUUUCAGCACAACAGAAUCAGAGUCUGAACGUCGGGGUUCACAAGAAGGGAAAUGUUUGUUCUCUGUCUCUGUCUCUGCUCGUUCUCGUGUAUCGUCGAGAAAGAAAUCUAACUAUACGCAUCUGAGUAAAGAACAAGAACAUCGAUCAAGAGAGAGGUUAGACGAAGUUAAAGAGCGCCACCACUAUGAAGAAAAACUACAAGAUUUAAAGCUUAAAACAUUGAAGCGUGAAAUGCAAAUUCGUCGGGAAUUGGAAAUUCGUCAAGCAGAACGUGAUUUAGAAUCGUGCAGUAUUGCGAAAUCAAGUUCAUCAAGCUCAAAGAAUUCAUCAAAUCCUCAGUCUGUUGCAGAUCAGUCACUGAAAGAAAAGCAGCUCCCCCGACAAGUUAACGUCCAGCUUCCAGUUUACUCGAGUGAUUGUAACAAGAUUAACAAGAAGUUUACGACCGUGAGCACUUCAAAGGAAAUUUCGACGUGGAGCACACCGUUAGUCCUUGGGGAAAAGACAAUACCACUGGGUACAUUUGAUGGAAAAAAAGAAAGUUGGCUUUGAUUCUUUCAGACGUUCAAGGCCGUGGUUGAUAAACAACCCUAUGAACCUGAACCUAUUGUAAAGUUCGCAAUUCUGGAAAAAUAUUUAACGGGCCCUGCGAAGGACUUCAUUAGAGGAUUUCCGUUUACUGAGAACUCUUAUCCAUUGGCAUUGAAGGCCUUGCAAGAUCGGUUCGGUGAUGAAGAAGACCAAGCAAGUUUUUACCUUGGAGCCGUGGAAAACUUGCCGAAGAUAAAGAUUUCAGAUGUACCGGGUCUUCGAAAGUUCUACGACGAUUUGAACACUAAUAUACAAGUGUUAGAAAAUAUGGGACCUGAUGUGGCUAUGCAUCUGAAUGACCCAAGAAGAAUGAAAUUGCUAUCAACCAAGUUACCACGUAAUCUUGCGGUUGCCUGGGCAACUUACCAAGACGACAAAGGCAUCGGAUCGGAUAUGCGCGCCUUUGCUGAGUGGUUACGAAAGAAAGUUCAAAUCCUAGAAAGAGUCGAAGUUCAACCACACAUCGAGGCUGGAGAUAAACGAGUUCCAGGAAAGCAAGUCUUCAAACCCCACGUGCAUGUUACAACGCGAGAUGAAGUCACCCAAACUGAAAGAACAGAAACGAAAUUACCGAUUGAAAGAGGAACGUGUUGGGUUUGUCGUGAUGGUAACCGCUGGCCGGGUCAGUGUUUGGUCUUGAAGAAAAUGACGGUAUAUGAAAGAAAACAGUUAGUGAAACAGAAUAGAGCCUGUUUCAAAUGCUUGCUUCGAGGGAAUCUCGUGGCGAAAUGUAGAAGAAAGGUGGGAUGCCUUAUAGAAAACUGUAAGGGAACACGUCACACCUUACUGCACCAAGAAAACCCUAAAGAUCCUGCAAUAUCUACUCACAAGGUCGAGAGGAAAAGCAGCGAGACGUCAGGUGGUGAACAACUUGCAAGAAAUGAAGAGACACCAACGAAGGAAACCUUGUCGGUUACCUCGAACGCUAAUCGGAGUUGUCCAAAAAGGAAAAUUGUGGCCCUUCCUGUAAAGAAGAUCGAUAUCUUAAAUGGUUAUGGUCAACGAGUUACGCUAAAUUGCUUGGAUGACAGCGGGAGCCAGGUGAGAUUGAUAACUCAUCGUCUGGUCGAAAGCCUUGGGUUGACAACGAGAAGAAGCAAUCGAUUGACACUCUCUUGUGUGGGGGAUCAAAACAUCAAACUCAAUUCUGAAGUUUCAUUUCUCAUACAAGUCAAAGACAAUGAACUGUCUAUCCCAAUUACCGCGUAUGCUAUUCCAAAUAUUAGCAAUUAUUCACCCCCCUUUGAUAUUGAAGAAAUCAAGCAAAAAUUUCCUUAUCUGCAAGACGUCGACGUGAUUGUGGACACAGAAAACGUUGAUUUGUUAGUUGGUCAAGAUUAUCCUAUCCUUCGGAGGCAGUUGAAAACUCGUUAUGGAAAACCUGACGAACCUUACGCCGUACGAACUGUGUUAGGUUGGGGCAUAUGUGUACCUGUUGACGAAAGAGUCGGUGAAGAUCCAUCAACACAUCUCAUUUCAUCCUGUUCACCGCCGACGACUUCAGUGGGUGAUUUCAAUCUCAAACGGUUCUGGGAGAUAGAACAAAUGCCAGUAAAAGAGCCAUCCUUAUACACUAAUAAACAGCAAAAGAUUCUUGAAGAAACGGAAGAUAUAGUGUGGACUAAACGAGGAGUCCUAAGAAGGUUGGCGCAACUAUUUGACCCCAUGGGAUUGUUAGCAGCCUUUUUAGUUCGUGGUAAGAUCUUGAUGCAGGAGUUACGGAGAAGAGGGAGAGAUUGGGACGAUCCACUUGAACUUGAUGUUAAGGGAUCCUGGUUGGUUUAAUCAAUUUGUUGGUUUAUCCAAGCUAAGAUUACAAUUCCACGCCACGUUUGGGCAGAACUAGAAGAAGUUGAUAUGGAACUUCACUUGUUCGCUGAUGCAUCGCAGAGAGACAUGGCAGCCGUUGCAUAUGUUAAAUGUCAGCGAAAUAAUGAAGUGAAAGUGUCUCUGUUGAUGAGCAAGACGCAAGUGGCCCCUUUAAAGAAAAUGUCUAUUCCACGGUUGGAACUACAAGUUUGUCUGAUGGCAGUACGUUUGGCAGAAUUUAUCGUGAAGCAAAUGGAAUUUAAGACUGUCAAAGUAGUUUUCUGGUCAGACAGCACUGUGGCUUUAUUAUGGAUAAAGAUGGAAAGCUGUGUCCUGAAGGAGUUCGUGGCCAAUCGAGUGGCGACCAUUCAAGAGAAAACUGAAGGAUGCCAAUGGCAUCACGUAUCUGGCCAAGAUAAUCCAGCGGACUUAGCAUCGAGAGGCGUUGACUUACGAGAGCUUUUGAAACCAGAUGAUAUAUGGUUUUCUGGUCCUAGUUUCCUUUAGCCUGCGAACAGGCCCUGGGUUGCGGGAGGCGCGAAGAAUAGAGGGCCUGCACGGAUGAUAGGUUUUCUUGGUAGUGGCGUUCGUAUAGAAACGCAGGCUUCUGAUUGGCUUACACUCGUUGACAAAAUUACUAAAAAUAGCAAAUGUCAACAACAGCAUUUCGAAGAAUUUGAACUUUAUUCAUUUUAAUAUUAUAUAUUAUAGGACUAUCGAACAAAUAAAACUAGAAGUGGAGACCAAAAGCAAUAGCAAAGCAUCACAGCAAAAAAGUCUAUCAUAAAUGACUUGAAUCUAUCGCUUAAAUCCAAUAUACGAAACUAUAUUAAACAGUAUUCUGAACUUCGUCUUCGGAUUGACAUCAGACUAUAGUAUAGUACAUUUUGAGGUCGUCGUGGCUUCACGGAUUAUUCUCAUUAGUGAGCAAGUCAGAAAGCGAAGGCAUACAAAAGAUACCCAAAUAUGUACGAAUAAUUAUAUUGUUGAUCCUCGCUGGCAUGUCAUUUAGAUAAAUAUAUAUCGUAGUACGUUGUACUAUUUGCUGUAUAUUAACUGCUGACAAUUUCGUCGUCGAUACGGCUUCCACUAUUGGCACACUCGUGAUUUCGAAGAAAUUAAUAAAUACAUGCUCAUUUAUCAUUUAUUUAGACCACAGUUAGUAAAAUUUUAAACGUAUUCGGUAUUCCAAAUCCCAAUCUAUCUGACCGUAUUUUAGUAAUAGCUUCAAAAUAUUCAGAACAUUGUUCUUUCAGUCGCACAUAGUACAAGUAUUACUGUACAUUCAAAGCCAAUGGUAGUAUUUUAUUCGGCUUUAUAUUUGUAUGUGUAUUGAUAUCUAUUUAAUAUUUGAAUUCUAUGCCUUUCCGAGUAAUAUAUUGUGCGGCUAAUGUUUUGUAUUAUUGUUCAUGUUGCACAAUGUACACGCCUUGCGUCAAUUUGACAGUUGACAGUUUAUUUAUCACAGUCGACGCUGAUUGGUUCGCGUUUAGCAGAUGCGAAAAGGGGUGGAAUGAAUAAAACGCAUGGUUCCGUGCAGGCUCACCUUUCUCCCAGUGAGCCUGUUCGCAGGCUAAGUUUCCUUCGUUCAGAUGAAUACACUGAAAGUGCGUUGGAACCAGAAGAUAAGCUGAUUGAGGCUGAGAAGAAGUAAGUCACACGUCAUUGUCAUGUCCAGAGUUCCGUAGGAACUUGAAAGUUGAAGAUUUCUCAACAUUUCACAAGUUGAGAAAAAGAGUUGCCUUUUUUCGACGUCCUUUCCGCAAUUGGCGAUUGAAGAAAUCAAAACGUCUCACGAAGCCUACGACCAGAAGUGCAAUGAAAAAGAAAGACAUCCAGCAUCCUAUAAAACCAUUAAGCGCGGACGAACUUCGAGAAGCAGAAAUUUGGCUUCUGAGACGAGACCAAAGCAUAUGUUUCGCGAAGGAAAUUACUGUCCUUGAAAAACAGCAAACUGGCUUGGGAAAAACGAAGACAAGGAAGAUGUUGGUCCCAAAAUCGUCUCCGUUAUAUUCUCUUUCUCCGUUCAUGGACGACGAAGGUCUGGUACGUUUGGGUGGACGUCUUGAGAGAUCACCUCUAUCAUAUGAUUGUCGACAUCCGAUUAUUUUGGGAAAAGGAUCACAUCUAGCUGCUCUUCUAAUCAGAAGGUCUCACGAAGAGGUGAAGCAUUUUGGAGUAAACACAGUACUCUGUAACCUGAGGCAGCGGUAUUGGCCAAUAAGAGGAAGGGAACAAGUGAAGAAGAUCUUAUCGAGCUGUGUCUUAUGCAAGAAAUGGCGUGGUAAUCCUGGUGUUCAAUUCAUGGCUGAUCUUCCUGCAUCGAGAGUUGACUUCCCAAACCCACCAUUUACCUUGACGGGCGUUGAUUAUUUUGGGCCUAUAACCACCAAAGCUGGCUUUAGAGGAGGUCGACGAGAAAAGAGAUACGGAGUCGUGUUUACAUGUCUACAAACACGCGCUGUUCACCUUGAAGUUGCCCAAUCCCUAUCAACUGAUGAUUUCUUGAAGGUUUUUUCUCGAUUUGUCGCCAGAAGAUCGAAACCGAAAAGGAUGUUUUCAGACCAGGGGACCAAUUUCGUUGGAGCAGAGAGAGAAAUGCGCCAGUUAGUAAAAGAAUUAUGCAAUGAUGUCGUUUUAAAGACGAAGCUACAACAAGAAGCCUUGGAUUGGAAUUUCAAUCCUCCUUUUGCUCCUCACAUGGGAGGAGCCCGGGAAGCCAUGGUAAAACUGGCAAAACGUGCGAUAACAGCCACAACAAACGCAGCUCAACUUACAGAUGAUGAACUUUCCACCGUUGCAGCUGAAUGCGAAGCCAUGUUGAAUAAUCGUCCGUUGACGUAUGUAGGAAGUGAUCCAGAUGACGUAGAGCCUCUGACCCCCGCGCAUUUCUUAACUGCAGGACAGUUAAUGCCAUUGCUGCCGAGCGAAAUCCAAGUUGAUGAAGUCUCACCAAAACGGCGUUGGCUAUUUCUACAGUCCAUCAUGUCAAAGAUUUGGAAAAGGUGGCAGAAAGAAUAUCUGCCUUGCCUUCAACGACGGCCAAAAUGGAAUCAAACAGUACGAAAUUUGGAACCUGGUGACUUAGUGUUAAUAUUGGACCCAAAUCAGCCAAGAGGACGGUGGCUAAGGGGCAAAAUUGAAGAAACAUUUCCAGACGACCGAAACGUUGUGCGAUCAGCCAAAGUCUUAACUCAGAAUGGAGUAUUACACAGACCUGUGACUAAACUUAUACUCUUAUUAAGAGAACAUUAA